AAUGAGGCAGUGGAUGAGAUAUUUAUUUAUGUCCUUCAGUGCACGGUAACACUGGCUGGUGCUCUGAGCACAUGCCCAGGCCCUGCUGCUAGAGGGAACAUUGGUGCAGUUUUCACAUGCUUCAUGUAUGUGUGGUCACUAUUGAUAACAAACUGUGACUUCAUCAUUUAUUGACAAGACUCUCAGAGGCCUGCGCUUGUGCUUCACUACGCAUGUGGGCUUCAGCAUUCAAUAUGAUACUUGAAUUUGAAUAUUAUUACAUUCAUGUAGUUUCGCUGUUACAAAAUGACCCUGCUAGGUAUUAUAAUUUAAUGAGUUGACACAUGUAAUUUAAUCAAUUAUUAAAAUGUAUUUGAUUUGUAUGAACUGUGCUUUGCUAGGCAAAGAAUCAUGUAGCCUACAUCAGAGCUGAGUUUGUUAAAAUCACGUAGUGCUCUGUGUGUAUUAAACAAAUAUUGCUUAGUUUACUACAUUAAUACAUAAGUGAAGGUCACAUAGCUGGCAAGUGGCGCUGUAGGUACGGAAUGGGCAGUUGGUGGUUGUUAUCUAGCGGUGGCAGCGCCCACGGCUUCCGGCUCACUUCAGAUUACUAGUGUAUGGCUGUAGCCUCAUGUUUGGGCUGUCUCUUCACGCGCCCACUUGUGUCUGCACUGCAUGUGGCUAUCAACUAACUUAUCUACUAUGGUGUGAAUAUAUUUAAAUUCUACAAGUUGACGGUGCUAUAGUGUGUUUGCCAAAUUUCAUUCAAAUCUGUUGAUGGGCCACUCGGUGAGCUCGCACGGGCACGGGCCGAGCAUGGAGCUGGUGCUGUGGCUGGCGGCGGCCGUGGUGGCGUCGGUGCUGCUGGCGCUCAUCUGCCGCUGCUGCUGCCGCGGCAACUCGCGCGGCCGCGUCAUCGCACCGCCGCCGCUGAACGAGACCGGCGCGGCGCCCUACCCGCAGCAGCAGUACGCCGCCGCCGUGUUCCCCGCGCAACCUGUGACAGUGUACCCGGUGGGCACGCCCGCGUACCCCGCCGCCGCGCCGUAUCCCGCAGCCGCGCCGUACCCUACCAACGCGCCGUACCCUACAGGAGCGCCGUACCCCACAGGAGCGCCGUACCCCAGCAACACGCCGUACCCCAGCAACACGCCGUACCCCGCGCCCGCCCCACCCGCGCCCUACGCCGCGCCCACCGCGCCCGACGCCAACGCGUGUCCGCCGUCGUACGAGCAGGUGAUGGGCGGCGAGCACGCGCACAAGCAGCCCCCCUACAACCCGCACGCGCCGCACUAGCGCACUGCGGACCGGCACCCGGGGCCGGGGACAACGCGACUCUACUGGCUGUCGAUACGAGUGAUGUUCACUUCCGAUUGAAUUGUCAUUAUUUAGUGAAGCAGGGUAUUCACACUUCGAUGUAAGCAUACCAAAUCAACUGAUUGUAUUUAUUUAAGAUAAUGUAUUAGUUUCUUAUGAGAUUGCUUAAAGUCUAUAUUUUCCGAAUUAUUUUCAACAGGGAUCACUAUUUGUGCGUUUGUUUUUAUAAAAGUUACAAUAGUUAAUGCUUUGAUGGAUUUAUUUACAAUGUAAACAACAUUCUUAAAGAAAUAUACUGUAAUGUCGGCUUCACCGACGACUACUUGUUAGUACAUAAAUAUUUAUAUGAAUGUGUGUAAUAGUCACAAUUUUACAAAUGUUAAGGUGCACCGUCGUGUGACUCGAUGAUCGACCGACAGACCGCUCGAGUGACACUGUCGGUGCGGCUCUAGAUUAGUUUAUAAACUGUAUUCUGUAUAGCUAUUCAAAUCUUAUAGUAAUUGUUGGGAGUACAAUGAUCUGUUGAAGACUGACAGGCGAGCUGGUAGUGGCGGCAGUGCGCGGCACAGUGUGUCUUGUGUCAGUGCUCGGAGAGGUGAGUAUCGCGUGCAGCCGACCGGCCGCAGGGGCAACACUAUCGAAGGCUUACGACGUUCAAUGUCGGUGUAAUGAGUACAUGCAAUAAGUUGUAUCUCGCCAAUAUCACUGUUAUCUGCUGUAUACAGGCUGCUCUCUGCUGCUGUCACUAAGUAGUUGCGUCAACGUAUUCUGUGUGAUAAUCCAGUAUGACAGGUGUGUCAGCGAGCAUCCUGUAUACACACACAGCGUGUAGCCGCGUGACGUCACGGCGUACUCAACUGCUCAGUUUUGCGUAGAGUACAUGAUGACACACACACAUACCUACACCUUGUACAGUCGCGGUCACUAGUACUUACAUGUUGUUACCACGACUGGUGUCAUUAAUCGUGUUUAAUUGUAGUAAAAAAAAAACAAUUCGAUAACUUAUUGAAUUCUAUUGAGUAAAUUUUGUAAAUAAUACUUCAAUUCCUAAUUAAAAUCUAAAUUUUCUUAAUUAUUUUUAAUUGAUUGUAAUUAAAAUAUUCGGAAUUAAACACCAAUGUACAUAUAACUAUACGUUAUACUAUAAGUAGUAUCUUGUAAUCGACUGUUGAUGGAUUCGGCGAGAGAAGGCAACACGACUAAAGAGUAUCGAUAAAUUGUGAUUUAAAAUCUUAUGCAUUAAUUUGUACGAAGCAUGUUUAUUUGUUAUGAAACUUAUCUUGUUGAAUUAUCUUUUAAUCUGGUGCAGUCAGCGUUGGAACUUUUUGGAAUAUAUCUUGUAGGUAUGUAGCAAGUGAGAGCAUUUCCGCCGCGGACCCUAGAAGGGGCGAGUCGUAUGGAUGCGUUCAGUAUUGUGUUCAGUGUAUUUACCUCUCUAUCAGCCCCGAAGCCGCCGUCCGCCGGCGACACGACGCACCGACUGCCAACAACUCGAUACUUGCUACAAUGGAAUCGAUUAUUUGAAUGAGGGAUCAGUUCAGAGUCAUGGGGAGGUUGUCAGUGGGUGCGUGGUCGGUGGCGGCGGCGAGCGGCACGUUCCUCUCUGCUCUGCCAAGCUGUACGCUGUGAGCUAGCGCAGUGCAGCGCAGCGGAGCGCAGCACUUGCGCUCGCGACAGUACCUACUGUUAAUGUUAAGUAGUUAAGCAUACAUUGUGAUACGUCGAGCGACACAUAAGUACAUAUACUAUUAUAUUACCUUCCCACUUGGAGAUUAUAGUAGAUUACUAUUAUUUACCCUAGAAGAUAAGGAUACUGUAUUUUUUCCAAAUAUUAUUUUGAGCUUUAUGUUGUAACGGUAAGGUGCAUUUUGUUAUAAUGUAUAUUUCCAAUUUAGUUAUGUAAGUGGUCACCAAGUGUAUUCUAAUUUUGGUAAAAAAAUAUUAUAUUCAAUAAAACAGCGUUUCGCAGGACA